AUACAUAUAGACUGAAUUUUGAAAUUAAAGAUAAUUGUUAUAAUUGCAAAAAUGUGGUUAAAAACAUUUCUUGUUAUCCUAGUGCUAAUUUCUGUUGAAGCGAACAAUGUUUGCGACAUUAACUCUAAGGUUUUAAAAGCUGGGUAUCCAUUUGAGAAAUAUGACUUGGUUACCGAGGAUGGGUACAUCUUGGAGGUUUACAGGAUACCACAUGGUAAAAAUGAAACCCAGGGGCACAGACCAGUGGUAUUUAUGAUGCAUGGACUACUUUCUUCUGCUAGUUCGUUCGUUGAAUUAGGACCGGACUAUGCUAUGGCAUUUAAUUUAGCUGAUGCCGGCUUCGACAUAUGGUUGGGUAAUGCACGGGGCGUUUGCAAUUCUCGACGUCACAUCACCCUGGACCCGGAAAACGACAGGCAAAAGGCUGAAUUCUUCAACUUCUCCUGGGAAGAAAUCGCCCUAUACGACCUGCCUCUUCUAUUCGAUUUCGCUUUGAAAACAUCUGGACAGGAAAAGCUUCACUACAUUGGUCACUCUCAAGGCGGAGCCAUAUUUUUGGUCUUGAAUUCCAUGAGGCCUGAAUAUAAUGAGAAAAUAGAAUCGGCUCAUUUGAUAGCUGGCGUCGGAUAUAAACGUAAUUUUCCAAAUCAUAGACUAAGCCGUUUUGCUUCUUACACCAAUGUGUUGUAUGACUUUGUGAGAACUUUAGGUCUUCAUGAGAUCAAACACGAAUGGAUAGCAUCCGAUAACGACAAACCAGCAGAAGUUGGAGAGUACAGAGUAUCAUUGCGAGACUUAGGAACUUCAGCAUCGCUUAAACAACUGUCACACUUCGGGCAGAACAUAAGAGACAAAACCUUCAGAAGAUGGGAUUAUUCGUUACUGGAGAACUUCUUUCACUACGGCUCGCUAACUCCACCUGAAUACAAUUUAAGAAGAGUCAACGUAGAUAUAACAAUGCAUUACACGAUCGCUGAUACAUUGUUAGACGAACGGGAUGUUUUAGCUAUGGUAAAUGACCUACCGAAUGCCAAAGCGCGUAAAGUACCCAAAGACAACUUUUCGCAUUAUGACUUUGUUCAAUCGUCAUUCGUCAAACCUUUGGUCACAGAUUAUAUUAUAAGCGACUUGAAAAGUCGAUAAUGGAAGUAUACAUGAUAAUAGCAGUACUUUUAAAUACUUUUGUGAUCGGAUUGCAUUUUUCUACAAUGCGAGUUCCAGUAAGAUUACCACGUAACUUCAAUAGCGAUUUCGUACGAUUUCAACUUAGCUAAAAUAGGUAAUUGUAUGUUGAAUACCAAUGAUAGUUAUAGUUAACUAAUUGAUUCAAAUAUGGAUUUGCUGUUGAUGUUGCAGAAUAGCCUUACUGCUUUAAACUGUUAAGUUUCGUAAUAUAAGUGUAAUUUAAGGUAAGUUAGAAGUUUUUCCGCCGAAAAAUGACGCCUGCGUAUUUUACGAUUCUCGCUUAUGUUUCAUACUGCGUUGUAUCACACUGGUAUAAAAAUUAGCAAAAUUGUAUAAUAGGCAAAUUAAAAUAAAUAAUCUCAGUAUAUGGAGUUGAAGAAUUAUAUUAAUUGUUAAUAAAAUU